UGUAUUAGCUGCUGCUUUGCACAUCUCCUAAUUUGGAUUUACCGGGAAACUCAUUUCCUGAGGCUGGAGAGGGAGCGCGAGGCUGGAGGGUCGGCAGGGACCGACCGGCACAGACAGAGACAAGGAGCAGGGAGACAGACAGACAGACAGAGACAGCGGCCGCCCGGCGGCCACUCCAUAUGGCGACGGGCCGGCGCUGAGGACGAUGCCGGGGGCUGGGAAAGAGCAGCGAGCGCGGCCGCCACCCCAGCAGCAGCAGCCGGCGCCACCGCCGCCGCCGCCUCAGCACCGGGACAUGCUGAAGUGUGUGGUGGUCGGGGACGGGGCGGUGGGGAAGACCUGUCUGCUCAUGAGUUACGCCAACGACGCCUUCCCCGAAGAGUAUGUGCCGACCGUCUUCGACCACUAUGCAGUAACCAUCACCGUUGGAGGAAAGCAACAUUUGCUUGGUCUAUAUGAUACUGCUGGACAGGAGGACUACAAUCAACUAAGACCUUUCUCCUAUCCUAACACUGAUGUGUUUUUGAUCUGCUUCUCUGUGGUAAAUCCGGCAUCUUACCACAAUGUGAAGGAGGAAUGGGUACCGGAACUGAAAGCAUGUAUGCCACAUGUGCCUUAUGUAUUGAUUGGAACUCAGAUUGAUCUAAGAGAUGAUCCCAAAACACUGGCCCGAUUAAUUCAUAUGAAGGAAAAACCCAUUACAUAUGAACAAGGUGUGAAGUUGGCUAAAGAGAUUGGAGCACAGUGUUACCUGGAAUGCUCUGCCCUCACACAAAAAGGCUUGAAGGCAGUGUUUGAUGAAGCAAUUUUGACAGUUUUCCAUCCCAAAAAGAGGAAAAGAGGUUGUACAAAAUGUCGUGUGUGUUGUGCAAUUAUAUGAUGCAAUGCCAGAGAACAAAGGAAGAUUGUUACAAGAAAGCAAGUUCCAGUUGACUAAUAAGAGUGAAGCUGAUUGUAAAAACAGUAAGCUUUUUACUGAAAAUAUUUGGAAAAGGAAAGCAUUUCUUUCCUGGUUCCUUAAUAUGAUGAAGAGAUGGAGAACGGGUCCAAUAAGGAACCAGCUGCAGUAGUGGACUAACUUAAAACUAUCAAACCUCACAAAAGUCAUAUUAGUUUACUGCUAACUGCCGUUCACUUUUCAAAUGGCCAGGUGUGCAUCUUUUCUCAAACCUGGCUGCAAAGCACUGAGCCAUUGUUAAAAAAUAUCUGUUGUUAUGGCAAGGAUGUUACUGGGAAGUCUGAGGAGCAAAAGAGCCAAAGGUGCUAGACAGAACACAUUGAAGCACUGCAGCGGAACCCUGUUACUUUUGGCUAAGUUUUUCGUGGCCUUAUGCAGCUAAUUAUAAGCUCAGCUAAUGCAAUUUAAAGACCUCAGUAGUAUUUGUUCAUACAGUACUGCCUUCCUGAAGCUGGAUGAGCAUUAAUGCAACUUAUAGUAGGCAUCUGAACACUUGUAGCUAUGUAAGGAUUAAUGAAUAACUUCUUAUUGUAUAAGCCAUUAUUUCAGAAGCACAGUGAUAACGGCCACAUGGUAUGAUUAGCAAAGUGACAUUAUAAAAUAACACCAGCACUACAUUUCGAAUCGAAAACAUGAGAUUUAAAAUGGGAUCGUGCUAUCCUACCUUUCCUAACUCCACAACAACUGAACUGACCAACUUCAUUCUCUCAAGGCACAAGACUGUCCAAGCAGCCCAAAUACCGUUUUUUUGUUUCCUUACAGCAUCUUUGUAUUAAUGAUGCUUUGUGCUCUGGACUGUUAGGACUCGUUUUUUUUUAAAACUUAUUGAUUAGCCACCCAUUGAUUGCAGUGUUUUGCUACUCUCCAUUUUAGGAAUAUCUUCCUCUGCUUAAAGUUCAAGUAGCAUGUUAAGUGAAAGGUUUAUUAAAGUGAGCUUUAAAAGAAAAAGAGCAAGUCUGCUUGGUAAUUGGAUUGGUAGCAUUUUGCACUGAAAUAUUGAUGCAUAGCGUCAUUAAGUGAUGGAAUGCUGCCUUAAUUCUUUUACUCCAAUAUGGAAAUGCUGAGCAGAGGGCAGGUGCAUCCUCGCAGGAGAGAGAGAAAAUUUGAAAGGGUUUCUAACAAUUCACUCGAGUACAACUUUUAACAGGCAGUUCAGAAUGGCAUUGACUGAAGCCAGUGAUCAAGUCACUGCUUUCCCACUCAAUUGCCGUUAACAUAUAGUACAAUUAAGCCAGAAAAUAGAACGGAGAGGAAGAAAAUGAUCUCAGCAAUAAAUUAAUUAAUUAUUUUCCAGCAUUGACUUGCAUUUGAACAAUUAGCUUGCUUCUGGUCAUCUUGCGCUCUCCCUGUACCUGACCUCUACUACUGCGAUCCUAAGCAGACCAGUAGAUGACGAGAGGACAGUUUGGUGGCAAAUUUCUCUCAAUAUACUCCUCCAAAGGGUAAAUGUCCUUUUCACGUUAUUCACACCAAAUUGUGUUUUUUGGCCUCAAAUAUUCAAUUGAAAUUUUAUUUUUCUCAAAGCACAAUGUUUAGCAUAUGGAUGCAAGCUGCCUUGAAUUACAUUCUUCGGGCCAAAUAUAAUAAAAAGUUUGUUUUAGUCAAGACCAGUACAAAGGAACAGGGAGAAAAUUACAUUGAUGUAAUGAUGAAUAGUGAGCUACAUAUCAGUGACACUAGAAAAAUCUAAUAGGAAUAUCUUCAUUAUGUACUUCAGUUCAGUUUUAAUUUAUGUGCUACUGUAAUUCCAAAAUAAUUCCUCUCAAUUGAUAAAGCAUAUUGGCCCAGAAUUUGCUGGAGUUUGGCAGCUAGCAGUGUGCCCUGUUAGACUUCUUCCCUUACCCUUCGUCUCAAAUGUUUUGCCCUGUAAGGUGUUGAAAUUUCAAGCUGAUAAUGGCAAGGUAAAGGCAUGGGUACAUGUGGAACCUUGAUUAACAAUGAGACCUAGACUCUAACUCCUUAACUAGUGAGAUUCAAGUUUUGAGAAAGAAACAGGAAUGACAGAG